AUGACAAAUAAACUUCGUAAAGAAUCGAAAAAACUAUUAAAAAUUUUAAAAAAGUCAGUUCAACCCACAACAACAAUGACAUUCCAAUAUUUUGUUAAUUAUGAUGACACAGUUAAUGGAAUACAAGAUAAUAAUAGCAUUGCAUCUUUUGGUCUAGUUAUUGGAGUAAUAAUAGGUUUAUCAUUAUUAUUAAUUGGUAUUGGACAAUCAAAAUUCAUAAAUUAUCAAAAUUUCGACGAAACUAAUCAACAACGAUCAAUUGAUAACGAAAAUGAAAUCACAAAAUUACCAACAGUCUAUGUUCCAAAUACACAUUCAUACAUACGUAAUUAUUACAAUAGUCUGCAUGAUGACAAAAUAAUAACAUUUGACCCAUCUGAAACCCUCUCAUCUUCUUCUUUCUCGCAACCUUCUCCGACAAACUUAAUGAAGCCAACACAAACAAAAACAUUUUCAUCGAUAAAAUCUUUAAACUAUACUCCAUCAACAACAUCACCCGGCAAUGAGGCAAAUAAUAAUUAUUAUAAGAAGAAGGAAACUCCAUUAAUAAAUAAAAUUUAUUCUGGACCAUCAAAUCAAAACUUUUCUCAAACCGUAGUUAUCAGUUUAAAUGAUUACCAUACUAAUGGUAAUGAUAUUAAUGAUAACUGUUUUGAUGGUUAUUAUAAUAAUAUCAAUUAUAGUGAGAAAGGUAAACAAGUAGAAGAUUAUUACAAUUGCAACAACGACACUAAUAAUAAUUGUAAUAAUGAAAAUGACAAUAAGAUUAAGAAUGGUAAUGAAAUUCUUCUCGUCAAUAUUAAACCAAAACCUUCUAAACUUAAAAGUGAUCCUUAUAACAAUCACUCAAAAUCAUAUUUGUCAAAUAAUGAACCAUCAUCAUCAUUGCAAACGCCAAUACCAACUAUAAUAAGACCUAAAAAUCCAUCAAUAUCCGAUUCUUUUAAAACGUUCCCUUCUUCAUUGCCAUCACCAUAUUCAAAUUAUGAAAAAUCUGCUUGUAGUAAAAAAUUUGCUUCAAAACUUAUUUCUUGGACCAGUAAUAUGAACAAUAACAACAACAAAAAUUAUAAAGUUUUAACCCUUAAACAAAAUACUGAUGGUAAUAGUGUUGGGGAGUACAGUGCUAGCAGUAUGUAUAAUGACAGUGCUGCAGAAACAAGUAAUGCUGAUAAUAGGGAUAAGAAUAAUGGCGAAGAAGAAAGAAACGAAAGUGAUAAUGAUAAUAAUAAUCCAUCAGUUAAAUUACCAAAAAUUCCCAAAAUUAUUGUUAACAAGAAUUUAAGUAUAAAUUUUGAAAGAUUCAGUUUAUUUAGAAAUGCUCCGGGAUAUAUAGAUAAAGGCUAUUAUGAUAUCGAUAAUUAUAUUAUUGAUAGUGAUAGUAAUUACCGUAGUAAGGGUAUUCGUAAUGGUAAUAAUCGUAUAGCCCAUGUUUAUCUUAAACCUGGAUCAAUACAAUCAACAUAUAGAUGA